AUUUGAAAUUAAGUAAUUUUCCAUGGGUUCUCUAACAGUUCUUCCCAAGCUUCUAGUGGUGGACUUCAACAAGGAUGGAAUGAAACCGGGGACAAGUUCUUGGAUCUCAGCCGGAAAAGACAUCCGACAAGCCCUCGAACAACACGGCUGCUUCGUGGCCCUUUACGAUGGUAUCUCUUCCGAUCUCAACGACCGAAUCUUCCAUUCGGCCGAUGACCUUUUCAAUCUUCCCUUGGAAACCAAACUCAAGAACAUCAAUGGUAAACCUUAUCAUGGCUAUGUUGGGCAGAUACCUAUUGUUCCCCUUCAUGAGGGUUUAGGCAUGGACUAUGCCACCACGUUGGAAGGAGCACAAAGUUUCACCGACAUCAUGUGGCCAAACGGAAACGAAUCCUUUUGUACAACUUCUGUGGAGUUCGCGAGGAGUGUGGCCAAGCUAGAUCAUAUCGUGAUAAAGAUGUUGUUUGGGAGCUAUGGCUUGGAUGAGAUGUACACAGACGCUCAUAUUGAAUCGUCAACCUAUCUUUUGCGAUAUCUCAAGUAUAGGGCGCCCGAGGCAGACGAAUCCAACAAUGCAUUUCCGUCUCAUACAGACAAGAGCUUCAUAACCAUCCUUUAUCAGAAUCAAGUGUCGGGUCUUGAGAUUAGAACAAGAGAUGGUGAUUGGAUCGACGUUGAGUUUCCUCCAUCAUCCUUUGUUGUCAUGGCUGGUGAUGCAUGCAAGGGAUGGAGUAACGGUAGGGUUCUUUCUCCGAGUCAUCGAGUAACCUUAAACAAGGAGGGGAAGGGAACUAGAUAUACCAUUGCACUGUUCUCAUUCCUAAGCAAAAUUGUGCAAGUUCCGGAAGAGAUGAUCGAUGAGGAAAAUCCUCUUCAAUUCAAACCGUUUGAAAACGUUGAUUUAUUGAACUUCUAUGCCACGGAAGCUGGCAGGAGGUCGCAGGACAUUCUCAAAGACUUCUGUGGUGUUUAGUUUAUGAAACUGACUAUCAAAAAUAUGACCAUUUCCAAGUUGUA